UUUCAGGAACCGGCUGAUCGCUCCCCCCCCCUUCCGCUCGCUGCCACUGAAGCAGCCCGAGCCGGCCUUUUGGCCGCCGCCGAGGAGCUCGCUGGGCCCAGCGGAGGGAAGGGGGGAGGCCCGAAGGGACGCCUCAGUCAGUCGUCAGGAUUUGGAGCCGGAGAGAGGGGGCGAGGCUGGGCCGGGGCUUCCGCCUGGGGUCGGUCCCCCCUGCCCCGGCUCUGUGCCCAGCCCUCUGAGGGAAGCAGGCAGGCAGGCAGGCCGGGGGCUGAGAGCUGCUCCUUCUAGAUGGGAGGAUAGGCGGUGACCAUGUUCAGCUUCGAAGGGGAUUUCAAAACCAGGCCCAAGGUGUCCCUUGGAGGAGCCAGCAAGAAGGAGGAGAAGGCAUCUCUUUUGCAUCGGACACAAGAAGAAAGAAGGAAACGAGAGGAAGAAAGGAGAAGGCUGAAAAAUGCAAUCAUCAUCCAGUCCUUUGUACGGGGAUACAGAGACAGAAAGCAUCAAUAUUCCAUUCAGAGGAGCGAAUUUGAUCGUUAUGCUAAUUUAGCACAAUCUGGAGGAAUUUUCUCCACCGCCAAUGGAGCAAAUCUGACCCUUUUAGUUCGGCAACUUCUGUUUUUCUAUAGACAUAACGAGGAUUCCAAGCGUUUGAUAUGGAUAUGUCAAAAUUUGAUUAAGCAGAAUUCUCAGUUUCUGAAGCAGCUUGAUGGGCCUGACAAACUAACAUGCCUGUUCCAGAUCAAAAGGCUGCUGGGAUUAUGUUGCAGAUUGCUCCAAAACUGCAGUGACGACAGUCUGAAUGUUGCACUUCCUAUGCGGAUGCUUGAAGUAUUUUCUUCUGAGAAUACCUAUUUGCCUAUUUUACAAGAUGCUCACCAUGUAGCAUCCAUCAUUGAACAAAUCUUGCACUAUGUGAUUCAAAAAGGAUACUACAGGUCCCUUUACCUGCUAAUAAAAAGCAAGCUUCCAUCAAGCAUUGAGUAUUCUGACGUUUCUCGGGUUCCUAUUGCAAAGAUAUUGCUAGAGAAUGUUCUGAAGCCAUUGCACUUUAAUUAUAGCUCCUGUCCAGAAGAUGCCAGGCAACAGAUCUUUGCUGCUUUUACAGAAGAAUUCUUGGCAGCACCUUUUACAGACCAGAUAUUCCAUUUCAUCAUUCCAGCUCUUGCAGAUGCGCAGACCUGUUUCCCUUAUGAACUCUUUCUGAAUGCACUAUUGUUAACAGAAAACAGGCGUUCAAGAAAAAGCGAGAGAGCACCUUGGCUUUUUUACUUUGUUCUAACAGUUGGCGAAACAUAUUUAGGGUCUCUUUCAGAAGAAGGGCUGCUUGUGUAUUUACGAGUACUCCAGAUGUUUCUUUCUCAGUUACCUGUAUCUGCGUCAGGUACACACUGUCAGGAUUCAGCUAGUGACUCAGAAGAUGAGGAUGAGGAGAUCAGUAAGAUGACUUCAGUGCCUGGUGAUGGAAGAAUAUCAGUCCAAUAUAUAACAGAAGAAUGUCUUUCAAAACUGGAUACAAAACAGCAAACAAACACACUAUUGAAUAUGGUUUGGAGAGAUUCAGCUAGUGAAGAGGUCUUCACGCUGAUGGCCUCCAUCUGCCACACGCUGAUGGUGCAGCACCGGAUGAUGGUGCCAAAAGUCAGACUUCUAUACAGCUUAGCUUUUAAUGCCAGGUUCCUGAGGCAUCUUUGGUAUUUAAUCUCAUCGAUGACAACACGAAUGAUUACUGGGUCUAUGGUGCCACUACUGCAGGUCAUAUCACGAGGCUCUCCAAUGUCUUUAGAAGAUUCCAGCCGGAUCAUCCCUCUCUUCUAUCUUUUUAGCUCUUUGUUUAGUCACUCACUUAUUUCUAUACAUGAUAAUGAAUUCUUUGGCGAUCCAAUAGAAGUUGUAGGUCAAAGACAAUCAUCAAUGAUGCCUUUUACAUUAGAAGAACUGGUAAUAUUAUCUCGUUGCCUACGAGAUGCUUGCUUAGGAAUUAUUAAAUUGGCCUAUCCAGAAACUAAACCAGAAGUUCGUGAAGAAUACAUUGCAGCAUUUAGAAGCGUUGGUGUUACCACAAAUACAGAAAUGCAACAGUGUAUACAAACAGAACAGAAACGAUGGAUUCAGCUCUUUAAGGUAAUCACUAACUUGGUGAAAAUGUUGAAGUCUAGAGAUACAAGAAGAAACUUCUGCCCAUUAAAUCAUUGGCUGUCAGAACAAGAAAACAUUAAAGCAGAUAAGGUUACACAGCUUUAUGUGCCAUCAGCCAGGCAUGUAUGGAGAGUGAGAAGGAUGGGAAGAAUAGGGCCACUUCAGUCUACUUUGGAUGUGGGUUUGGAACCAGCUCCCCUUUCUGUUUCUGAGGAACGGCAGCUUGCAAUACUGACUGAGCUACCUUUUGUAGUUCCCUUUGAAGAAAGAGUUAAGAUCUUUCAAAGACUGAUCUAUGCUGACAAACAAGAAGUUCAGGGAGAAGGUCCAUUUCUGGAUGGAAUUAACGUCACUAUCCGAAGAAAUUACAUUUAUGAAGAUGCCUAUGACAAACUCUCUCCUGAAAAUGAACCUGACUUGAAAAAACGAAUUCGUGUUCAUUUACUAAACGCCCAUGGGCUGGAUGAAGCUGGUAUCGAUGGGGGAGGAAUAUUCAGAGAAUUUCUGAACGAACUGCUUAAAUCAGGGUUUAAUCCUAACCAAGGCUUUUUUAAGACCACAAAUGAAGGACUGCUUUACCCUAAUCCUGCGGCACAUAUGCUUGUUGGAGAUUCUUAUGCAAGGCAUUACUAUUUCCUUGGGAGAAUGCUUGGAAAGGCUUUAUAUGAAAACAUGCUUGUUGAGCUUCCAUUUGCUAGUUUCUUCCUCUCCAAAUUGCUGGGGACAAGUGCGGAUGUGGAUAUUCAUCACCUGGCCUCACUGGAUCCUGAAAUGUACAAAAAUUUGCUUUUCCUCAAGAGCUAUGAAGGGGAUGUGGAAGAACUUGGUCUGAACUUUACUGUGGUGAAUAAUGAGCUCGGGGAGGCCCAGGUGGUUGAACUGAAGCCAGGAGGAAAGGAUAUUCCCGUCACCAGUGCUAACCGUAUUGCAUACAUCCAUCUUGUGGCAGACUACAGGUUAAACAAACAGAUCCGGCAGCAUUGCCUGGCUUUCAGGCAGGGUCUUGCCAAUGUUGUUAAUCUGGAGUGGCUUAGGAUGUUUGAUCAGCAAGAAAUUCAGGUUUUGAUUUCUGGUGCGCAGGUUCCUAUCAGUCUAGAUGACCUUAAAACUUUUACCAACUAUUCAGGUGGUUAUUCUGCAGAUCAUCCAGUAAUCAAGAUUUUUUGGAGAGUCGUAGAAAGCUUCACUGAUGAAGAAAAACGUAAAUUGCUGAAGUUUGUCACCAGCUGCUCCCGCCCUCCUCUGUUGGGGUUUAAGGAAUUGUAUCCUGCCUUUUGUGUACACAAUGGAGGAUCGGAUCUAGAGAGACUACCCACUGCCAGCACCUGCAUGAAUUUACUGAAGCUUCCAGAGUUUUAUGAUGAAAACCUUAUGCGGAGCAAACUUCUUUACGCCAUUGAAUGUGCUGCUGGAUUUGAGCUGAGCUGAAGUUUAAUCAGACGCCCCGUCAAGGAACUAAUCAAUCAGUGCCUACCCCAUAAGCAGCGCUCAUACCAAGUCGGUUCAGGGAAUCCCGUGUAGGUUUCUGCCGCUCAUUGUCCUAUCAAACACUCUCCAGUAGGUUUCAGUUUAGCGAAAGAUGUUAACUUGCUGUCACUCGUUAGCAUUUAACUACAUUGACGCUACCUUGUUCUGAUUUAAAUUAAUGAAUGCUGCGUGCAAUUUUGGUAGGUUUUUCCAAGGGAAGAGCAUGUUUGAGCACAGCAACCAUCUUAGUGAAAAUAACCAAAGAUGAAGCUUUUGAGUUUGUGCUGUUCAGAUACAAAUCACAAGCCUGGCAAUAAAGCAACGUGCAAAGCAACCGCUGGGAUGAAUACAGGGAGGUCUCCUCGGAGGGGGAAGCAAAACCAUUUUUUCCUCAAGCGUCCCAGAAACAAGAGGCUAAAAACGACUAGUGAUGAAAAUAGUUCCACAUCUUUUUUCAAGCAGCAGAAAUUGUUUACAAAUCUUUCUGCAACUGCAAUUUGUUACAACUGAGAGCCGAAUUCAUUUUGAUUAUCUUGGUAGUAAGUGUUAGAGAGAGCUUUAUGUCCUUUCUGUGUUUUUGAAAUCCAGAUGGUCACGCUUGGUCUUCAGUUACUACCUAAACCUUUGUCAUGAUCAGUUGAACGUUGUUACAAGCUGAUGUAACUAUCUGUGUGGAUUCCCCCCUCCCCCCGGCCAUUCUUUCAUUUUCUCUUCUGUGCCUGUAGACUUUUUUAAAAAAUGUAUCAAUCUUCAGCGUAUAGAUUACGAUAGUUGUGACUUUGAAAAAAGCAGAUAUUUGUAUCGGCUAUUAAAAAUAAUUUUGAACUGCAGCAUCAGGCUUUAUCUUUUAUAUCUGAAAGCCUGCAAGCGUUCAUGUAAUUUCAUUUGCUUCGUCCACCCAGGUUAAGUGUGUGUGUGUGUAUGUGUGUGGUGUACAAACUCUGGGCUGGCUGCUCUCACUAUUUUCUGUGGCUUAAGCACCCAGGGGCCCACUUUGCACAGCUUACAGGUCUGUUUGGACGCGGAGGAGGGGGAAAUCUGACAAUUGUCUGUAUUUGAAAUGUUUGUUUCAUAUGAGAGGAGAUGGCUGAGAAAUGGCCCCAGCGCUGGAUCGACACCUUCAUGUGCAAUUCUCACUUUAAAAAAAUUAUAUAUAAAUAAUUGGAACUUAAAUCAUCAACAGGCAGAAUCAAGUUCAUCCACUAAAAGAGACCCAAGAACUUUACAACAGGGGCUACGCCAUUUAUGGUCUCUGGACUUUAAAAAAUAACCUAUUUUACUGCUGCAGGAAGCUCCUGAAUUUCAUAUUUAAUUAGCAGUAAAUAGCAAUAUAUUUUAAAUGUGCAAAAGAGCUCUGAGUGAUUUUAAGAUGUUUACUAGUGUUAGUACAAAAUGUAUAAUUUCAUGAUUUGGAUUAAAAAAUGAAGUGUUAAAAAUACUAUUUGUAGUCCCAAUGUAUAGAAAUAAAACAGUUGUUUUCUUUUUGGUUUUGCUCGAAGCUGUUUUAUUUAUGGAAAUUGUUACAAUAUGUUGCCUGUGUUUUUCCUAAAUGUUGGCUGCCUGUGUAUGUUUUAAAGAACAAAAACAUAUGGAUUAUUGACUGAAACCCAGAAGGACUAUAGAAACCACCCUCCUAAUAUUCCUGCUGCCCUCUCUUAAAAAGAAAAUCUGAACAUUUCCUUUAGAAAGCAUUAUUUAUUUUAUAACCCAAAGCAUUAAGUAUUUUGCAGUUAUUUUUAAUUGAUUUCAUUUUGUUUUAUUGCAAUUGCCUUGUUUGUAAGAUGUAAAAUGCAAAUUAAACUUUUUCUAAUGAACUGUA